CUUCACACGCCCAGCAAACGCGCCCAGUGCCGCCUGAAUUGAGGCCAAUCAUGUCGUACAAUCGGGCAGCUAGUCGCCUCAUGCGCGCCACUCAUAUAACCUACCACACGAUUUUUGUCUCAUGUCAUGUCAGACUCUCAUCGACUGAAUUUAGUAUACCUUCCCUUGUCCUCUCCAUCUUGUCAGAAUAUCCCUGCGUUUGUAACAGUCGCGUAUACGACUGUGUAAGCCCUGUCUUUACCUUAUGUGUCAAUAGUGCUUUGCGGCUUGCUGUAUGCACGUUGAAUUGACAACACCAAAAACGGCGCUGUGGGAGACCGACGCGAGCCGGUGGCUAAGUGCGCGGCUGCCGGUGCGCAGCGCAUCCUUCGUCGGCGGUGGCCGCGGCGUGAGGCCUUCGUGCGGAGGAAGUCCUAAGGACGGUCUCAGUGCGGCCGGUGGCGGCGUCAGUUGCUAAGGGCAAAACGUUGCACCGAGGUGUCUGUCAACGUUGCAUCGUUAUCAACUAGCCUCUUUAGUCAGGUUCUCCUAACCGAGGCCGUAGUUACAGUUCAUAGCAAUCCUCCUACAUAGCAAAGGUCGUCAAUGGCGGUGUCAGCAGUUGAUACGCUGUGCUCGCUCCAUGACCUCCUCCGCCGUCCACAUUCGGUCGCCGUCUCGGGCGCGACGAGCGACCUUCUCGUCGCAUCCUGCCAAGACGCCUACCUGCCCAUCUACACCUUCCCGGCACGCCCCGUCGAGGGGACUACCAUGAAGCUUCCACGCAUCGAUUCGAUGCCCGAAGUACCCGACUGUUUUGAAGAAAUCGCCAGGUGCGACUCCCCGCCCAUGCUGUGCGCUCCCUACGGCUCAGCUAGCCCCUCCAACCCGGGUUUCGGAGCCCUAGGAGCCCUCGUCCCCAGUCCCCAGGGCGUUAGCUUCAAUGACUUGCCCCUCAGCCUCUGCCACUCCACCACCGCUGCUGACGUCAUCAUGUCUGACGACGACGCCGACGCUGUCGUCAUGUUGUACGACAAGCAGCCCAACGGCGGUGCUGCCGUACCGGGGGGCUGCUGCUGCCCCUCGCGCCCGCUGCUCCGCCGCCACCCCAGUGACGUGCUGCUGACGUGUUGCGGCGGAGCCGGCAGCGGCGGCGGCGUCAGCGUGUGCACUGCCGCCGCCGCCGCUGCUGCCUCCCCCGCCGCCGGUUCUGACGUGGCCGAGGUUCCCAGUCGCAGCCUGCUGGAGGUGACGCUGAUGGCGCUGUGGGAGGACCGGGCGGACCGCGGCAUGUUCAGGUACGAUGUCACGCAGUGCCUCACUCGGCAGCUGCCCGGCCGCCUCCGCUUCAUCGCGCAGCUCAACGAGGGCCGAGCCACCAAGAAGCGACCCACGGAGUUCUCCGCGGACCGCGUCAUGCGGCCCUUCGACCCCAGCAAAUUCAACUUUAAGAAGGCCGCCGUGAAGGAGGCGCUGGUCGCUUUCCAGCCGUCGGCGUACGGCAAUGCCGCCGCCGCCGCCAGCGGCGCCGUCAUUCCGCCGUCGGCGCCGCUGGCGGCGACGAUGAGCGAGAUCGCUGACAGCGGUCACGGCAGCGACAGUCCUCACCUGGUGUUGAUCAACGUGUCGCCGAUCGAUUACGGUCACGUGUUGCUAGUGCCUCGGGUGCUGCAGCAGCUGCCGCAAGCCCUGGACUGCGGCACAGUGCUGCUGGCGCUACAGUUUGCGCGGGAGCUGGGCAGCCCGCACUUCCGCGUCGGUUAUAACUCCCUAGGCGCCUUUGCAACCAUUAACCACCUGCACUUCCACUCGUACUACCUGCCACUGCCCAUGCCGUGUGAGGGCGCGGAGGCGGUGCCUCUGCCGGGAAAGCUGGCGUGGCCGGCUGUCGGCGGCGGUGACGGCAGAGCCGGCACUGCCAUGCUGCCGCCACGUAAGCGUCGCUUUGACGACGGCGCCGAGGGUGCUGACGGCGCCGCUGAGGGCGCUGUGGCGGCCGUACGGGUCUCCCGUCUGGUCAACUACCCGGUAAACGCGUUUGUGGUUGAGGCAACGUCGUCAUCAACUUCAUCAGCGGCCGCAAGCUGGUGCGGCCUCGAGGCCGUGGCGGCGGUGGUGGGUACCGCAGCGGAACGCAUGCAGGCCGUCAACCAGCCCUUCAACCUGCUCGUCUCGGACGCCGGCCGCCGCGUGUUUGUGUUCCCGCAGUGCUAUGCGGAGCGGCAGGCGGCUGGGGUGGUUCCGGAUGAGCUACUUGACACGGGGGUGAACCCUGCGUCGUUUGAGAUUGCUGGGCAUUUGGUGCUAAAGCGCGGACAGGAUUUCGCGGCGGCGGAUGAGGCGUGGGCGUGCAGGCUUCUGCAGGAGGUGUCGCUAUCGGAGGAGAGGUUUAUGGAGGUGGCGAGCAUGUGCUUUGGCGGUGGCAGCUGCUGAAGUUGUUGCCGAUGAUGCGGUGUUGUUGUGGGAUGAGGCAACCUGACAAGCCCAGUGAAGGAGUGAGUAUGGAGGCACAGAAACGUAUGAGGUCUUGAACGUUGACGUAUGGAAAGAACGUUUCUCUGGUCUGCAGGGUGCGAACUUGAGUUUCACUUGCGUGGCGGGUGUGGUGUGGUGGUUUUAUGCUAUCCAUUGGUGGUGCCUUGGGAGAUUGUGAAAUGCAGAUGUUGUGUUGAACCCGAGAGCUGUGUGUUGCUGCAUGUGCGUGUCUGUGUGUAGCGAUUGUUGUUUGAUUCCUUGUCUUCUGUGUAAUGUGAUGGCAAGGUCUUGGUCAUUUAAUUCUUGGGUUGCGAGAGCGUGUGCGCGUGUUUGUGCGGUUGCGCCCUGCCGGGUAUUGGUGCGGGACGGAGCUGCUCCGGAGAGGAGGAUGUGAGCUGCGGUUUGAAGGCGGUUUAGGGUGCGGAUACCGCGGAAACUAGAGAAGAUGGGACUGUAUGGAGCAUUUAGCUUAUUAAAUCCAUCAGUCAGAGAAACGAUACCGUACGACAGAUGCUGGGUAGUACAGCCUACAGGUCGGUUUUCGUUGAUGGUAAUCGGUUACGGAGCCUUGCUAUGAAGGAGGUGGAGGUUACAUGUAUGGAGGAGGAGGUUAAAUGUCGUGCGGUUAUCUCGCACGCAUGGCUAUCGAGAAGGCCGCUCCUGCUGCUAUGGUGCCUAAAAACUAUUGGAGUUUUACAGCGAGAGUGAGAGAUUGGGGGAAGCGAGAGGGGACGUGCUCGUUUCUUUUCCUUGACCCCCGUGAGCGCGUUUUCCUCAUGUAGGCAUUGUGCCGCAGCCAAUGCUUGGUUGCUGGAGACAAACUGUGCGGCGCGAAUGUGCCAAUUUUGUUCAUUGCUUGCCACGUUUCUGUGAAUCCAGAUGACAAGCAUUGUGUCAGUCUUGCUCAGGUUGGGUCCGCUGUUGCAUAAUGCUUGGGGCACGUAUGUGGAAGAGAGAGUAAAGGGAGAGACAAGUAAAGAGAGUGCAGGGGUCGCUGAGUCUUGGGGUGGAAUGUGUUAGGUGGGGUGGAAUGUGUUAGGUGAAGCCCGGCAUUCGGGUCAGGAAUUGCGUGUGUGUUUGUGUGUCCGUGCGAAAACGGUGGAGUGCACUCUCUUUUCUUGCCGUGUGAGCUCCAGGUGAGCUUCAGGACUCCUGCUGCUGAGGACACGCUCGCUGCACAUGCUAGGAUUGGAACGCUCGAAGCCGUUAAAGGUGUUGUUGCUAUUUGGGGCGAGGUGAACGGGUCAGCUACUAAGAUGAGACUUGAACGGGUGCAGUACAAACUUGUGGCGGGUGGCUACCCUCAGCCUUACGUCACAUCUCCCUCUUGGUGCCUUUUAAGUUGGUCUGUCUUGUUUUCUUAUACGACAGCUGACGAGUCAACAGAUAUUCUCCGGCUGUGAUUUUGUGGUGGCAUGAAGCAGCGGUGAGAUAGGACGUGAUGGUGGCUUGUUUACCCCAAACCGAAUAUGAAACCUGAACCUUGUUGUUGUGACGGACAUAACCAUGGAGCCGUUGACCUUCAUUUCAUGUGUCCAACGCAGGAAGCGUUCCUUACGGUGUGUGCAUACCGUACCGGUUCUGUAACUUAACACAAUGUG